UGUUCAUCGUGAAUGUUCAAGAUCAGUGAUCAAUAUUUUUUUUUUUACAAGAAAAGAAGUGUUUCUUAGGUAUAUUGUGCACAUAUAAAAAUAUCGACACUGGAAUACGCAAGUUUUUUUUUUUUUUUUUUUUUUUUUUUUCCUAGAAUGUAUGUCGGACAUCGGGUAGGUUCAAUUGAAGAGCUAAAGAGAACAAAUGCUUCAAAUCAACCUAUGUGUAAGAGCAUGUUGGUGACGGAUGGAAAAACUGAACUUGAUUUUCAUUCGAAGGAAACGUCCUUUAAGGUAAAAACCCACCAGAAAUCAGAGGACCUCACCGACUGAACACCAUUCACCAAUACUUGAUUCGUUUACCUUCAAUGGAAAGAAAAAACAGAAUUCAUUAAUGAAAUAACGCAAGUUCGGACAUCAGUGAUGAACGUUUUCAAACCGAAGUGUCCUUAGCUUAAUACUACGCUAUUCUUUCAAGAUCUUUGCAUAGAUUUCAUGGCAAAAUACCAAGACCAAGCCGUCUGUGUGAAUCGUGAAGCCUUGAACAACUGUUUACCAAAGUCGAUACUCCACCUCCACCAAAGCUCCAACAUCCGCCAGUUAAAGAUGGAGUCAGAGAUAAUGCAUCCAGAGCACGAGGAAGAGGAACCUCGCAGCCCGAGUGUUCAGACAGCUUCCGAAAAAUUAGAGCUUCUGCCUCAUUCGAAGAGUCGUGCGAUUGUUACCAAGAGUCCCAGAGUGGAUGGUGAAACUGAUGGUGACGAUGACGUGAGAAUUCAAUCGACAGGAAUAAAAAAGGACGCAGAUCCAGAUUGCAAGCACAGCGAAGGAAGUUUGAGUGCGUCCGACAAAGGUGUCAGGAGAGAGGAGCCAAAAUCGAGCGGAAAGGAACCAGACGCUGAAGAAGCGGAGGAAGACGACGACAGACUUCCAGAUGGAGGAUGGGGCUGGGUGGUCGUCUUUGGAGCUUCUCUUAUCUUAGUCUUGGUUGAUACGAUGGGCCAAUGCUUUGGUAUCAUUUUUUCUACAUUUUUAUUACACCUGGAAACCACGACAGCUAUGACAGCUUGGAUCUUCAACUUGUUUAGCUUCAUCUGGUGCAUGACAGGGCCUCCCCUGGGAGCACUCAUCAACGAAUUUGGUUGGAGACCGUUGACUUUCGUGGGCUCCUUUUUGCUCACCAUUGCAACGGUUACCUCAGCCUUUGUUUCUGCUGCCUGGGUCCUCUUUUUCACCUACUCUUUAUUAGCUGGUAUAGGAUGUGGAAUCAUAUCUAACAUCAGUUACAUGAUUGUGCCUCACUACUUCAAGAAAAGGAGAGGUUUAGCCAAUGGUAUCAUAAUGGCGUGGGAUUGUGGGGGACAGUUAAUAGGGCCCCCUCUUAUUGGGAUGCUGCAGGACGAGUAUAGCUUCAAAGGCGCCACCCUCAUAGUUGGAGGGGUCAUACUUAACUCGUGCAUUGGUGCCGCUGUCUUCCACCCAGUCGAGUGGCACAAACGACCCAAAACUCCGAAGAUUCACGGAACAGAUAACACUGCACAUUUGAUCAAGAAUCCAGUGGAAGCAAUGCCACGAAAGAAAACUCCUGAGAGCAUCAGGACGAUUAUGAUGCGGCUUGUGAAAUCCACAGUAAAAGACCUUGGCAUACUAAAGUCUUUGAAAGCAAUCAUCAUCUCCAUCGGCGUCACGGUUAUUUUCAACGGUUACCUGAAUUUCUUGGCUUUCGUGCCAUUUGCCAUGCAGGAGGCUGGCUACACCCUCGGGGAAGCUGCUCAAUGUGUUUCGAUAUCUGCCAUUUGCAACAUGGUGACCAGAGUAAUUGUUGCAACGUUAUCAGACAGCAAAAAGUUUAAUUUUCAGAUCAGCAUGAUGGUUGGUAGUAUGACCAUCUCUACAACUAUGAUUUGCUUCACUCUUACAGAGGAUCUAACCACAAUAAAGGUCAUAAUGGGGAUUUGGGGCUGUGGUGUUGGCACCUUUAUGAGUAUUUUCAGUCUCACUAUGGUUCAUUACAUGGGGUUGGAGAACUUCACAUCUAUGUUGGGAGCCUCUAUGCUGUGUAUUGCCUUCGGCUAUCUUACAAUCGGACCUUUUGCAGGUUACGUUAAGGAUGCCAGCCAGAGCUACUCCGCCUGCAUCUGGGUUCUCUCCGGCAUCGUCUUUGUGGCUUUCAUUUCGUGGAUAUUCAUGCCGGCUGCUGUGGCCUACGACCUGAGACGCGAACAGAGGAAGAAUGAAGAAAGGCUAGAAAUAGAAGAGAAGGGAAAUAUGCUCAGCUCUGAAGCGAUAUAGGUUGAAAUUUUGUAUUGUCUUUCAAUUGUCCCAAACAGUCAGCAAAAAUUUGGACAGUCAUUUUACUUAACGAUUUUAUUUAAUGGAUAUUUGAAAUAUUUACAUUUGAUGUGCUGAAGUUGAAACACUUUGCUAUUGUUUGGAAGAAUGAAGAAAGGCUCAAAAUAGAAGAGAAGGGAAAUAUGCUCAGCUCUGAAAUUUGUAUUUUCUUUUCAUUGUCCCAAACGCUCAGGGAUUAAAAUACUGCAAAAACUUGGAUAGUGAUUUUACUUCAAGAGUUUUUUCAAAUAUAUAAUAAGGUAAUAUACUGACAUAUAAUGCGCUCAGGUCAAAAA